CUUAUGCUCUUUUAAAACUAACCAUUCUUGUGUAACAUCACUAAUAUUGCAAAUACCACCACUACUAUGCCUGAAUCAAUGACCAAAAAAUGGCCAGAAAAUCUCAUACAAAAUGCCCUUUUAGAAAUGAAAUUGCAAUGGGGAAUAGUACUCCCUCUGAUGGCUAUGAACUUCACAUGGUUUGCAAAAACAGCCAUAACAACUGCGUUCCUUGGUAGGCUUGGAGAGCUUUCUUUAGCUGGAGCCACGCUUGGUUUUACAUUCGCGAACGUGACUGGAUUCUCAGUCUUGAAUGGACUUAGUGGUGCUAUGGAGCCUAUUUGUGGACAAGCCUUUGGAGCCAAGAAUCAUAAGUUACUUCACAAGACCCUUGUCAUGUCUGUUUCUUUGUUACUAUUUGUCUCUAUUCCUAUUUCUUUCUUGUGGCUUAAUGUUGACAAGAUCCUCAUCAAAUUUGGCCAGCAAGAAGACAUUUCAAUGGUAGCUAAAAAGUAUCUUGUUUAUCUUCUUCCUGAUUUGGUGAUCACAUCUUUCUUGUGUCCAUUGAAAGCUUAUUUGAGCACACAAAAUGUUACAAUCCCAAUUAUGUUAACCUCUGUUUUGGGGGUUGCUCUGCAUAUACCGAUAAAUGUGCUUCUUUCGAUGAGUAAGGGGAUUGAAGGAGUUUCAAUGGGAUAUUGGAUAACAGACUUAUUGAUCAUGAUUCUUUUGGUUAUUUAUGUGGCGCUAUCAGAGAACAGAAAGGGCGGAAAGUGGAACGAAGGAGGCUGGUGGGAACAGGGGAUUCUUGAUUGGAUUAGAUUAAUCAAACUCUGUGGACCAUGUUGCCUUACAACUUGCCUUGAAUGGUGGUGCUAUGAGAUCUUGGUUUUGCUCACAGGGCGACUCCCGAAUUCUAAACAAGCAGUUGGGAUUAUAGCAAUUGUGUUGAACUUUGAUUAUUUGAUUUACUCUGCUAUGCUCUCGCUCGCGACAUGUGCAUCCAUUCGCGUGUCCAAUGAGCUCGGGGAAGAUAGUCCCGGCCCUGCUUAUAGGGCAGCAUACGUGUCGUUAGCCUUGAGUAUCGUUGCAGGCCUUUUCGGUGGCUCUGUAAUGGCAGUAGCAAGAGGAAUUUGGGGUCCUCUGUUUAGUCAUGAUAUAGGGGUAAUUAGAGGGGUGAAGAGGAUCAUGUUGCUAAUGGCCUUAAUUGAAGUUGUUAACUUCCCUUUAGCAGUUUGUGGAGGAAUUGUUCGUGGAACAGCGCGGCCUUGGCUAGGGAUGUAUGCUAAUAUCAGUGGAUUUUACCUGCUGGCUUUGCCAUUGGGGGUGAUUUUGGCUUUCAAGGUUCAACUUGGCCUUGCAGGAUUGUUGAUAGGGUUCAUGGUUGGAGUAGUUCUUUGUUUGGCCUUGUUGUUGGUGUUGAUUGCUAGAAUUGAUUGGGUUGGAGAAGCUAAUAAAGCACAUAUGCUUGCCUGCAACCAAGAAGAAGGCGGUGGUGAAGAUGAUCAGAAAAUUUCGUGGGUGGUUAAAGAAAAUGGUUCAUGAAUUCAGACGCUUAUCUAGAGUGUUACGAGUAAGUUUAGUCGAACCAUCAUGUUCUACAUACACGGUAGAAUAUGUGAAAAGAAUUCUGAAAAAGCAAUAUAAAUGUUAAGGUGUGAACCCAUAUUUUCAAAGAACUCCGAACAGGUGUCUUAAGCUCAGGACUAUAAUCAUUAGUCUAAAAUAAUUGUGUCAUAAAAUUUCGACCUUACUAUAAAUUUAUGAUCACAAGAAUGAAUGUAUAUUCUAAUGGGAGUAGCUGAAUUCUAAGUUGGAAGUCCAUUUAAUCCGAGAA